AUGUCUACCCGCUUCCCCACCCAAGUCGCAGCUCCUGCUGGCCAACAAGCCAUUCCCGUCCACAUCCUCCUUGAAGCGACGCAUCAAUUCGCUGAAUGGGUCAAACAAAAGGCCCAAGGAGCGGAGGUUAUUCUGUGUGGCGGUCUUGCGCUCUGUCAGUACGGAUCCGCCCGUAUGACCCAGGACGCUGACGUCUGCAUGGACCUCAGUCGCACUCGCCGCAAUGGCACUCAGAUGCCGUUCGACACCAACGCUCUUAAAGACCUGGCGAGGCAAGACCCCAGGCUGGUAGUCGGACCUAAGAUCUAUUGGAUCCACAAACCAACUGGCACGCUUGUCCAAGUCGAUUUUGUCGAUGCUCAGCUGUUCUGGCACCCAUUCGACGUACGCCAAAUGGUGGACCCCAGUAACAUUGUUCCGUCCCUAAAUCUCCCGACGCUACUUGCAGGCAAGCUGAAGAGCGCCCUAGAGAGAAACGAUCCCAACCCUCAGAAAAUGUGGGAGAAGAAGUCUAACGACGUGUCUGACUUCGACUUCGCGAUGGGUCUCUGUCUGCACCGUCGUCUUGCGCUUACCCAGCACCACUUAGCGCAUCUCGGUCCGGACAUGCAAACUGUCACUUUCGUCGUCCAAGAAUUCGCAAAGCUUAGACUGACCCUCAUGCAGUCCUACAUGGAUAAAAACGGCCAUGCGGGGGUUUCCUGGUGGGAGCAGCUCAUCCGAGCCAGCAAUUUGCCACAGUCUCUCGUGGAUGCCGCCCGCGUCACUAUCGCCACUCAGCCUCAGGCUUCCACUUCGGCUAGGAAAUAG